UUGCCUAGCAAAACCGCGGUCGCCAUUUUGUAGCCUGCGUUUAGCCUCGUUAUUUUACGGAAAAAUAACAAAAUUGUCUCGCGUGUGAUUACAUUUUGUUGUAUGGUUCCAAAUAAGUAUGUCUAAAAGAAGGAUUGAAGUGAUGGACCCGUUCAUCAAGAAAAAGAGGGAGGAGAAGGCAGCGGCCGCGGCGCGCGCCGGCGAGUCUUCGGACUCCGUGGCCACGCUGGGGACUGCGCCGCCGCCCACCGCCACCAGCACGCCUGGAGUCAACCCCUACACAGGUCUUCCUCACUCAACGCGUUACCACGACCUCCUGCGACGUCGCCUCGGCCUUCCGGUGUGGGAGUAUAAGAACGACUUCAUGAGACUCCUCAACACACACCAGUGUGUUGUGUUGGUCGGCGAAACAGGCUCUGGGAAAACAACACAAAUACCACAGUGGUGCGUCGAGUUCUCUGCUGUUACAGCGGGGAAGUCCCAUGGAGUCGCUUGCACGCAGCCCAGAAGAGUAGCAGCCAUGUCAGUGGCACAACGAGUGGCAGAAGAAAUGGACGUCGCUUUGGGACAGCAAGUCGGUUACAGCAUCCGUUUUGAAGACUGUUCCGGACCACAGACAGUGUUAAAAUACAUGACAGACGGUAUGUUACUCCGUGAAGCCAUGUCUGAUCCGAUGCUAGAACAAUACCGAGUGAUACUGCUCGACGAGGCUCACGAAAGGACUCUAGCGACAGACAUCCUCAUGGGAGUGUUGAAAGAGGUUAUAAAACAACGCACAGAUUUAAAAUUAGUCAUCAUGUCAGCCACAUUAGACGCUGGGAAGUUCCAACAGUAUUUCGACAAUGCUCCGCUAAUGAAUGUACCUGGUAGAACUCAUCCCGUAGAAAUUUUUUACACCCCCCAACCAGAAAGGGACUACCUAGAAGCAGCGAUACGCACAGUCAUACAAAUACACAUAUGCGAAGAAAUAACCGGUGAUAUACUGCUGUUUUUGACGGGGCAAGAGGAAAUAGAGGAUGCUUGUAAGCGGAUAAAACGAGAAAUAGACAAUUUGGGUCCAGACGUUGGUGAACUGAAAUGUAUACCUUUAUACUCGACAUUGCCACCAAAUCUUCAGCAACGUAUAUUUGAGCCGGCACCACCAAAUAGAGCAAACGGUGCUAUUGGAAGGAAAGUUGUCGUAUCAACCAAUAUAGCAGAAACUUCGUUGACUAUAGACGGAGUUGUGUUCGUAAUAGAUACAGGUUUCUCCAAACAGAAGGUGUAUAACCCCAGGAUCCGUGUGGAGUCCUUGUUAGUGUCCCCCAUAAGCAAAGCAUCGGCUCAACAAAGAGCUGGUAGAGCCGGGAGAACGAGACCUGGGAAAUGCUUCAGGCUGUACACGGAGAAGGCUUACAAGAAUGAAAUGCAAGAUAACACUUACCCGGAAAUUUUGAGAUCAAACUUAGGAUCUGUAGUUUUGCAGUUGAAAAAGCUGGGUAUCGACGACCUGGUGCACUUUGACUUCAUGGACCCGCCCGCGCCCGAGACGCUGAUGCGCGCGCUCGAGCUGCUCAACUAUCUGGCCGCGCUCGAUGACGACGGCAACCUGACUGACCUGGGCGCCGUGAUGGCAGAGUUCCCGCUGGACCCGCAGCUCGCCAAGAUGCUGAUCGCCAGCUGCAACCACAACUGCUCCAACGAGAUCCUCUCCAUCACUGCCAUGUUGUCUGUCCCGCAAUGCUUCGUGCGGCCGAACGAAGCGCGCAAGGCGGCGGACGAAGCGAAGAUGCGCUUCGCUCACAUAGACGGCGAUCACUUGACGCUUCUCAACGUGUAUCACGCCUUCAAACAGAACAUGGAGGACCCGCACUGGUGCUACGACAACUUCAUCAACUACCGCUCGCUCAAGUCGGGCGACAACGUGCGCCAGCAGCUCAGUCGCAUCAUGGACAGGUUUAACCUCAAGCGGACGAGCACGGAGUUCACCAGCAAAGACUAUUAUAUCAAUAUUAGGAAAGCUCUCGUCAAUGGAUUCUUUAUGCAGGUGGCACACCUGGAGCGCACGGGCCACUACCUGACAGUGAAGGACAACCAGGUGGUGCAGCUGCACCCCUCCACCUGCCUCGACCACAAGCCCGACUGGGUCAUCUACAACGAGUUCGUGCUCACCACCAAGAACUACAUCCGCACCGUCACCGACAUCAAACCGGAGUGGCUGCUUCGGAUCGCGCCGCAGUACUACGAGCUGAACAACUUCCCGCAGUGCGAGGCGCGGCGCCAGCUCGAGCUGCUGCAGACGAGGCUCGACUCCAAGGCCUACCAGGAGGGCUUCUAGACGUGCAGCUGGGUUACAUCGAUGCCACAUCGUUAAUACAACGUUGUAUCACAAUCGCACCGUUGGUUCAUCGGCAGUACACGUGGAUGUCACAUCGUUGGUACAUCAAUGUCACAACAUUGGUUCAUUGAUGUCACAUCGUUGGUACAUCAAUAUCACUAGAUUGAUACAUUGAUGUCACAUCGUUGGUACAUCAAUAUCAAUACAUUGAUACAUUGAUGUCACAUCGUUGGUACAUCAAUAUCAAUACAUUGGUUCAUUGAUGUUACAUCGCUGGUACAUCAAUAUCACAACAUUGGUACAUCAAUGUCACAACAUUGGUUCAUUGAUGUCACAUCGUUGGUACAUCAAUAUCACUAGAUUGAUACAUUGAUGUCACAUCGUUGGUACAUCAAUAUCAAUACAUUGAUACAUUGAUGUCACAUCGCUGGUAACUCAAUAUCACAACAUUGGUACAUUGAUGUCACAUCGUUGGUACAUCAAUGUCACAACAUUGGUACAUUGAUGUCACAUCGUUCUUGCCUCAUUGUUGUCCAGCAUAAACAUUAUCUCACUUCUGAAUUUAUAUAUUUAUUUAACGAUAAUAUGACUUGAUUGAAUAACCGUUUAAGGUGAUUGAAAAAUGUAGUGACUUGUAUUUUUAAUAAGCUACUUGCCCCUUUUGUAAACAGUGUUUAAACUGAAUUAUGGAAAUAUUACAAGAUAUAUUUUAUUUUGUCCCGUCAAUAAUAACCAGUAAAAAAUUUAAUAUAAAUAAAAAAAUAUCUUCAUAAAAUUUUUGCCGUCGAAAACAACACAUUAGCAAGUGACGUCAUUCAUAGAGAUAACAGCAUGAUUGGCGUUUGCAGUGAUGUGAUAUAUCACGUCACCGCAAGCGGCAAUCACAAACCGAUGCCUUGUAGCGAAUGACGUCACAGUUUAUAAUUGGUAAAAAUACAAUUUUGUUUUAUAAAAAUAUUACAAUUACGAUAUUAUUUUUACAAAUAAAAAUGUGAUUAGAGUUUCUAGGCAUCUAAACUGACUGUAGGCAAAAAAUCUUCCUAGUUUUGUACAGCAGGCGAGUAGCCUAUUGUACACUGAGUUACAUAAUUACUUUGUUAAUGAAUUUUGCUGUUAAUUUAAAUAUAUCUGCAAUUGGUAAUAGUCUGGCUCAGAAGUGGGAUAUAUUAUGCUAUAAAGACUCAGACCAAUUAUAUAAUGGACUUGAAUCUCACCCAAAUUCAUCAACAAAGAUGACUGUAAUUUUUUUAACGGGAUGAGGUAAACUCACAUCGGAAAUAUUUAACACUGAUAAAUAUAAUUUGUGUCUACACUACACACUAUGUCGCAAUACACACACGUGUAAUUUUUACACAGAUUAACAAACACAUCGCUUGGACUAUCCAAAGGUUAUUCGAUUACUUGAUAAUUCCGGCUGAAGAAUCAAUUAUUUUUUUAGAUAUUGUUUUUAUUACAAAUUUGAUUGACUAUAAUUAAAUUAACUUAAAAAUACUUACAAAUGAAACGUAACUUCAUCUUUUACCAAACUUUGCCGUUUUUAUGCUAUUUAAUUAAACAAAUUGGCAUUUUUAAGGAGUUAUUUAUACUAAUAUAUAAUAUAAAAAUACUAUAUAAUUUUAAACAACAAAAAAAAUAAACGAUUACAACAAUGGGUUCAUCUAAAACUAGGGGUAAACAGUGGCGUGCACAAGGUUUUUAACUAGGGUAUGCACUAUAGGUAUAAAUUGUACAAAAUGGGAAAUUUCUCCUCCAAUACAGGGACGUAAUGAACUUUCAGAGCGUGCAUUGUGUUUAUGCAUCUAUGAAGUGCACGCCACUGCGUGUAAAUGAACCCUUAGAUCAUUGAAUUUUGAUCUUUUUUUUUUUAUAAAGAAUAUUAUGACCAAUAUUCCCAUUCCCCUCCAACUAGUCGGGAAAGUCUGUGCUAGGAGUGGGUACGACAAUAGACUAACGGGGCGGGGAUCGAACCACCACCCCUCGGUGAUGAGUCCGACCGCUCUUACCGUUGAGCUAUUGAGUAUCUGAAUCUGAGGAUCUUUGACAGGGUAACGUCUAGCGAGGCAGGUCCAUAUAUAAUUCGUCUGAGUACAAAGACGACAAACGAAGCAAAAUAGAUAACUCGAAUCCUCGACCGCGCACUUUCGUUGCAAUAGGACGAAAGAGAGAUAUGUCAUUGUAUUCACGUGACAUGGUCCAUCUAUGACAUUUAUUCUAUAUACACUCAGAGGCACAAUUAUCCGCCCACUUUAAUAUGACGCGAGUAUAUCAAAGUGGGCGGAUAAUUGUGCCUCUGAGUAUAUACGAAAGGUCACACACGAAAUUUCGAAUACUGCUUUGUACAUAGAUGACAUUUGAUUGAAAUGUAGUUUGUAGUUAGUAGACGUACGCUGAGAACGUAUUUUGCGACAGGGCCGGAUUAAGGAGGUCCAAGUCGCGGUCGUCCGCUCAAUAAAGGUCACGCCAAGAGAGUAUAGCUUGGCAAAUUCAUUCGUAACACUUGAUGGUCCGCGCGGGACGGGAGUUGUUUGCGAUGCUUUGCGCAGUCCUUCCCCCCGUCGCCUGCAUAUCAUGGCAGUGUCAACAACGAUUUUGCCAAGCAAUAUAGAUGAAUUUACUGAAAUUCAUCGACUAGACUGCGCGGUUGAGGACUCAGUUUUCUUUUAAUCCUAGCUCUUUGCCUAUAAUGGACCAACAUCUGGCAGACUUUAGAAUGUAUACAGAGUGAAUGGAAAUUUUUAGUUAAUUAAAAAAAAUCUUCAAAGAAAAACUAUUAGAUAGAAAAUAGUCAGGGAUCCGUAGAACAUUUUGUACACCUGAUAGUAACCUCUUUACAUAUUGGGAGGAGGGUAGAGUAACAAAGGUUGUUACUAACCAGAUGUUUUUUACUGUUGCUUAAUUAAUAGUUAAAGAUAUGUAAUAGCCCAGUGGAUAUGACCUCUGCCUCCGAUUCUGGAGGGUGUAGGUUCGAAUCCGGUCCGGGGCAUGCACCACCAACUUUUCAGUUGUGUGCAUUUUAAGAAAUUAAAUAUCACGUGUCUCAAUCGGUGAAGGAAAACAUCGUGAGGAAACCUGCAUAUCAGAGAAUAUUCUUAAUUCUCUGUGUGUGUGAAGUCUGCCAAUCCUCAUGGGGCCAGCGUGGUGGACUAUUGGCCUAACCCCUCUCAUUCUGAGAGGAGACUCGAGCUCAGAAGUGAGCCGAAUAUGGGUUGAUGAUGAUAAUUAAUAGUUAUACAAUUUAACAGCUACUAUGUCCUACAAAUUGCGUGGUAAAUUAUGUCGUUGUGACGCUCUGAAAUUUUCAUUUCAUUGUAACUCAGUUAGCUACCAGAAUCACCAGAAUCGAGAAUUUUCGUAUCGAUAUGAAGCUACUCAUAAAAAAUUAACUUGUUAGUAAUCAAAAUGUUCUAGGGAUCCCUGACUAAAAAGUAAAACCUCUGAAAAAAAAUUAAACUACAAAAUUUUGCGAACUAUAAAUUAUUUUCCAUACGGGGUAAGAGAAUUCGCCUCUUUCUGUGUAUUUUUAAACUAAAGUGUUUUAAAUGUUUAAAUUGUCUAGUUAUGUUUAAAAAAGUAGAAGUUAUUUUUAAAAUGAAAAAAAAAAACAUUUCUAAUGGUAUUAUGACUUUUUGUUUUAAAAAAAACAGUUGGUUAUUUUAGUUAAGUGACUUAUAUUUUAUAAGUUAUUUUACUGAUACAUAAUAUCUUAUGUAAAGUACAUAUAAAGUUAUGUUUGUUUUCCGUUUAUUUAUAGAAUAUACCUGUGUCUAUAAUUCGUAAUAUAAUUAAUAAUUAAGCGACCAAUUUAUAAUUUUCGUUUAGUUAUAAUUAUUAGCUUGAUUAAUUUUAAAUGUGAUAUUGCACAUGAUUUAUUCUCUAUUGGUUCAAUCCUUUGAACCAAUCAAAAUGGACCAAUUCUCGUAUGGUUCAAAGUUAAUUAUGAUGAUAAUGUUUACACUACGAGUCAAUUUGUUUAUUAAUGUUGAAAAAUCAUCAUAUUUAUAUGCUAAAUCUCUCGGAAUAUGAAAUCCAGCGUUUUUUUUGAUAUUUGACAGUUUUUCAAAAAAAAUCAAAUAUUACAAUUUUUUUUGCGUCACCCAAUAAAGUUGUAACUUAUAAUGUCAAAUCAUUUUCGAUGACUAUAUCCUUCACAUCAGGUAUAUUUAUACACCAAUGGCACACCACGGCAUAUCUCGUGAAGAGGAAAAGACGUCGACCAAUAGCGGUCGAACCGGAAAUUUCGCUUACACUUUCGUUGCGAUGGGAAGUAAGAGAAUCGCUUUCACUUUCGUUGCGUUGGGAAGAAAAUGAUAGCAAUAUUUUCGAUCCACUGCUAUUGGUCGACAAUAUGUCAUUUUGUCUUUACGUGAUUUAUGUUGUGACGCGCGUGAUAGUCUUACAAGUCAGCGAAUAUAAAUAAUGUACAGGUUAAAUCAAUUGGUUUAUUCACAGUUGGUCCAAUUAGUCAAUUCACUAAAUUUGACAAUAGUAAGCCACUUAAUUUAAUUAACAUGAAAACCAUUACGACCCUAUUUUUCGUAUUCCGUAAAUCUCAUUGUUAUCAAAAACUGUUAUUAUUAACAAUGUCAACUGGGCAGUAUCUAUUGCUUACUGUGAUAUCCACGAAAGGUUGUCAGUUGCCAACAGAUGAUUUUGACAAGUAAGCAUAAAAUAAAUAGUGAAAAAAAAAUCAUGUGUUUUGAGAAUUACUAACAAUAGCUAGUUGGUACCUGUUGUAUCAACUAAAGUUUCGGUUCAAAAUGGACCGAUUCUCAUUACCGGACGUUUUGAAAGUGAAUAUUGACUAUUAUGGUUCAAUUGGCCAAUCACAGAUUAAUCAAUAAUAGGCGGAUGGAGCGUAAGGAACACGACUGUGUCGUAGCCGCUCCAAAUACAAAAUUCAAUAACUGAUACAUUCUCGAGUCAGUACGACACGAACCGUCGCAUCAGUAACAUUCAAUAUUAUUCAGGAGAAAUGGCGUUAUGAACAGUUUUUAAAUAUUUUAAAAACUAAUAUUAUAAAAACUAAAGAAAUAAGAUGGAGUAUUUUUUCAUUGGUAAUUAUUGAUUAUUAUAUUAAUUUACAUAAUUGUUGUUAGUGUUAAAUUUUGAAAAACAAAUUAUGAAAAAAAUUGUAUAUGCGGAUGUCAAGGAGACGCGUGACGUUUGUUUUUUUAUGGGUUUCACCGCCUUCACUACGCUGCUUGUAAAGACUCGCUCUGUAUGAUCUUUACUCUGUGAGGCUAACUUUAACUUGGAUUAUUCUCAAUUGGUCCGAUUCUAAAUGGACCAAUUCUCACAUGGUUCAAAGCUUAUUGUGAAGAUAUUAAAGUUUCAUUUUGAUUAAAUGAAUAUAUUUAAGAUGAUCUUGUGUUUUAAGUAGUGUUUCAGCGUUUGGGUAUUUCUAAGUCUGCCAAAGUGCUGCGAUGUUUGUGAAGUGGACUCAAAAGGACUAAGUGAUAGUGUGUGUACGUGGAAUAAAUAGAUAUAUGACGUAAGGUU